CGACUUGAAUCCUAGUGUGCAGCGAUCUGAUUAGUACAUUGAUGGUGGGAAAUAACUAGAGGAAAGUAUUUUUCCAUGUUAAACGUAAUGUUGUUUUUGGAGAUUAGGGAUAAACAUUUUUUCCAGAUAUCUCUUAUCAUAUGCCUCAUGAGGAACUGCCUGACAAGUAUACCAUGACACCAGAAAAUUAUUUCUUAGUUGCAUCAGAAGGUGUAUCCGAGGGAAACAUGAAGAAAAGGACACUGAAAAUAUUUUCCUUAGUUGUAUCAGAAGAUAUGAGAACUGAGAGAAGCAGGAAGAAUACGAAACUAGAAACUCCAGAUUCCAGCUCAUAUCAGUAACCCUAGUUCUCCAAGUGGGUAAAUGCAAUGAGAUUACGUUUUAAAUUGUUAAUUGAACUUUUGUGCUGCGUGUUUCUUGUCAAAAAGUGAUGGGAUUAUUAUUAUUUUCAUUGUUAAUAUUAUUGUAAAUAUUAUUAAUUAUUAUUUACAUAUAUUUAUUUUGAAGCAUUGUUUUUGUUAUUUAAGGUCGCAUCAACAUCUAGGUCAUUAGCGACCACUAUUGCACUUAAAGGUAUGGUAGAUGUAAAGAUGACAUCAAUGGUGGUGAUAAGGGAGGAAAGGACGAACACAAAUACAGCCAUGCCCGAGGCGUGACUCAAACCCGCGAACAUUCGAUCCGAUUUCGCUACGGCACCUUAACGAUUUCGGCCAUCCGGACCGGCAUUGAAGCAACCUUGUCUUCUCAAAACAAGCUAUUGAUUGUAAAUGUAUUUUAAGAUUGUGUAGUUAAUGCCACAACCGUGGAGACUA